AUGAGGGUAAAAAAAGAACUGAACCGCCUAGAGGAGCUAGAUGUGAUUCGUCCAGUGACCACACCAUCAGACUGGUGCGCAUCAAUAGUAGUGGUGCCUAAAGAGAAGAAAGACACAAUCCGCUUGUGUGUAGAUCUGACAAAGUUGAACGAGAGUGUCAAGCGAGAAAACUGUCCUCUUCCUUCUUCGGACCAGCUGUUGGCACAGCUUGCAGGAGCGACAGUGUUUACUAAGUUGGACUGUAAUAGUGGUUUCCACCAAGUGCCAUUAGAUGAAGGUUCACAAGAGCUGACAACGUUUAUUACUCCAUUUGGGCGUUUUUGUUAUAAAAGGCUGUCCUUUGGAAUUUCUUCAGGUCCUGAGGUGUUUCAUCACAUCAUGUCACAGUUGUUGUCUAACAUCCCAGGAGUGAUUUGUGACAUUGAUGAUGUCCUGGUGUCAGGACGCAGCCAGCAGGAACACGCUGAAGGAGGUUUUGCAGAGACUGGAAGAUGCAGGUGUGACCUUAAAUGA